UAUUUGCGUGAAUCUCCUGUGUGGGUUUCACACGACACGGUGGGCAAAUGUUGUAUCCAUGGAAGGACUCCUAGUUCACCCAAGGAGGAGGCUUUUAAAGGCAGCGCAACUGGAGAAGACGUAAAGGCGGCUCAAACUGUCCUGCCGAAUAAGUGAGAGAGAGAGAGAGAGAGAGAGAGAGAGAGAGAGAGAGAGAGAGAAAUGUCUGGAGGUAUCGCUCGUGGCCGUCUCGCAGAGGAGCGUAAAGCCUGGCGGAAGAAUCACCCUCAUGGUUUCGUUGCUAGGCCGGAGACUCUGCCUGAUGGUUCGGUGAAUUUGAUGGUUUGGCAUUGCACUAUCCCUGGAAAGGCCGGGACGGACUGGGAAGGGGGUAACUACCCAAUUACAAUCAACUUUACUGAAGACUAUCCAAGCAAACCACCAAAGUGUAAAUUUCCCCACGGUUUCUUCCACCCAAACGUCUACCCCUCUGGAACUGUUUGCCUGUCAAUCCUCAAUGAAGAUAGUGGAUGGAGACCGGCAAUUACAGUGAAACAGAUUCUUGUGGGCAUCCAGGAUUUGUUGAACCAGCCAAACCCUGCUGAUCCUGCACAGACUGAUGGAUAUCACCUCUUUAUCCAGGAUACUGAGGAGUACAACAGAAGAGUCCGGCAGCAGGCCAAGCAAUACCCACCUCUUGUCUAAGUACUUAAACUGGUUUCCUACUUGUUGAUGCUUGAUAAACUGUUAGUAGAUAUUUGCCCUGGUGUAUAGACUUCAUGGUUGAACUGCUCAUCUCGUUGUCACUUGAUUGACUUUUGUUGUUGAUAUGUGACAACAGACCAGACCAAACCAAUCAAUGAUAUGCUCGUGGGUUUCUACUUUUG